AUGUAUAAUUGUGUUUCAUUUCAGAUCAUUGUGCAAUCGGGUGGCCAGAACCGGCAGUUCACGUUCGAUUAUGUGUUUCCCCCUGAAGCCAGCCAAGAGGAGCUAUACACAACGGCAGUCUCCAAAAUAAUCAAAGAAAUCCACAAUGGAUUCAAUGUCACCAUUUUGGCUUAUGGCCAAACUGGAUCAGGAAAGACUUACAGCAUGGGUACAAACUCACCAGAAAACUGCCCCGAUGAAACAAUGGGUAUCAUCCCAAGAGCCAUCCGUGACAUGUUUAGCACCAUCACGGAGCGGGAGGAUGAAUACCAGUACCUGGUGAAAUGCUCAUUUGUUGAGCUGUAUGCAGAAAACCUGUAUGACCUGCUGGCUCCAGGGCCCCGAGAUGACAACAUCCUGGACAUCCGUGAAGGUGUGGGUGGUGAGAUCAGGAUGCAGGGAGUGACUGAGGUGCCCGUGGCAUCAUUGCAGGAGACCAUGCGAUGUCUUGAGCAAGGAUCCCACCACAGAGCUACAGGCUCCACAGCUAUGAACGCCCAGAGCAGUAGAUCUCACGCCCUGUUCUGCGUGACACUGCAACAGUGGAAAAAACAGAACAGCGAUCACGUGGUAUGCGCCAAGUUUACUUUGGUAGACCUUGCUGGCAGCGAGCGGGCAAAAAAGACUGGCACUACUGGGCAGCGUUUUAAGGAAGGCAUCCACAUCAACUCAGGGCUGCUGUGUUUGGGCAAAGUCAUCAGUGCUCUCGGUUCCGGAAAAGAGAAGCACAUCCCAUACAGAGAGUCCAAGCUUACAAGGCUACUCCAAGACUCACUAGGAGGGAACUCCCACACUCUGAUGGUGGCGUGUGUGUCUCCAGCAGACAACUCGCUGGAGGAGACCCUGAGCACCUUGGCCUAUGCCGACCGAGCUCGCAUGAUCAAGAAUAAGCCCAUGGUCAACUGUGAUCCCAAAGCCGCUGAAAUUGCUCGCCUUAAACAACAGGUCCAUGAACUUCAACUGCAGUUGAUCUCAGCAUCCGCCGGCCGUGUAGUAGGCGAAGACUGUAAGGAGAUGUCAGCUUUGAUACAGGAGAAUAAGUUGCUGAAAGAAGAAAAUCUCAAACUCAUGCUGGCGCUCCAGGACACUUAUGCUACCAAUACCAACAUGGCCGUCAAAGACGUUCUGGUCGCAACAGCUCGAGAGAAAAUGGACGAGAAGCUUAAUGAACUGCAAGCUCGAAUGGACUCGACUGUACAAGAUCUCAACGAUACCAUUAAGAGCAAUGACUCGGCCGUCGCUCCUGUGCUUGCCAGUAAACUGGAGCUCAUCAAACAAGUGCAGCAGCAGGUGGCGGAUUUGCAGACGAUGCAUCGUGAGAACGAAGAGCAGCUUGUGAGCCACGAGCUCACGCACCAUCAGGCUGCCGACAUUUCUGCUGAAGAAGACGAGCAUCAGCAGCCAUCAAAUGGCGACGGCAGUUCAUCUCCUCGAGAUAAAAGCCAGGACGAGUCCGCCUCUCCGGCCGCUGACUGCUCUGUGGCCAGCGCCCUCAUGCGCUCACAGAAGGGACAGGAGCUCGCCAGUCUCAAUCAUGCGCUGGCCCAAAAAGAAGAACUAAUGAGGAAGAUGCUGAGCAAUGACAAGGACAUCGCCAACAUUCGGUCGUCAUACGAGCGCGCCAUUCAGGAACUGCAAGAACGCAUCUCCACCGUCGAGCAUGAGAAGGAGAGCCUGCAGCAGCAGAUCGUUUCUGCCCCCAGCAACCCUGCCAGCAAACUUGCGGAGCAGCGUCGUAAGCGAGUCCAGGAACUCACGCAGGAGAUUAACGACCUCAAGCAAAAAGUCAUUGAGAGGAACAAGGCCCUCAAGAUGAAGGAAAUGUCCGAGAAGAGGGUCGAGCUUCUCUCCAAUGAAAUCCAGGCGAUGAAACAAGCCCGCGUCAAGCUCAUCCGCCAAAUGAAGGAAGAUAAUGAUAAAUUCAAACGCGCUCAACAACUUAAAAACAAAGAGAUCGAGAAGCUGAAGAUGCAGGAGCGCAAGAAAGACUUCAAGAUGAUCAAGAUGGAACGUAUGAAUAAGAUGCAGCAAAACGUCCUGAGGCGGAAAAUUGAAGAAGCUUCUUCUCUCAACAAGCGUCUCAAGGAUGCCCUGGAGCUACAAAAGGUAUGCUCGGAGAAGAGGGCAACGGCCAACUUAGCUAACCGGCAGCAGCGUCUCAAGAACUGGCUUGAGAGCGAGCUUGAGUUGGUCUCCGUCAAGCAUCAAGCAAAACAAAGUCUCGAAUCCCUUAGAGAAGAUCGUAAAUUCAUUGGCAACAAGCUGACGAAAGUAGAGCAGCAGUUGCAACACAACGACCUCAGUGAAGAGUUCAGGACGGAGCUCCUGAACAAGCAGAAAGAUCUCAGCACAGAUCUGCAGCUGCGCACCGCUCAGAUCAACGAACUACAGCAGAAGGUCCUCGAGGGCGAUGGAGAGUCCUUGCUUGAACGGAAGCGGUUUGAAGGCCUGCAAGGCAUGAGCGAGACGAAGGCGGCGCUGACGAUGCUCUUCAACACGGCGGUGCAACACAAGGCUCAGUGCGCCUCUUCCCAGCAGGAGCUCCAGGAACUACAGGCGCAGUACAAGGAGUUGGUGGCCGCAUCAGAGGAAACGGAAGCCAUGCUUGAAGAAAUUAAAGCUGCUCACGAACAGCAAAUUAUGAAGCUUGAGAAAGACCACGAAAACAAAGUGUUGUGUCUUCUGAGGCAGAACUUGUCUUCUGAUCAGGAGAAAAAUGAAACCUCAAAAAGUUUGGAGUCUUCGAACACUAAUCAUCAACAGGUUCUGGCUCUUCAGACGGCUGAACUUGCCAAAUUGUCAGAUCUGCGCGACGAAUUAGUUGCCAAAACCCAGGAGUGUGAAGAGCUUAAGACCCAGCUUCAGCUUCUACAACAGAAACAGUCGAAGAUACUCGUACCUACUCGGGAGAAGGCUGCUUCCAACUUCCAGGUGCCUCCACUUCCUAGGCCUCAGCUCGCUGCUGCCAAGAAUGAAAAGAGAAGAAAGACCCGGUUAAAUGAUGAUGAGGACUUCACCAUAUCCAGCGAAGAUAGCGACGAGGAUGACGACUUCGACAACAUGGAUCCCGCCUGGCGUCGGACACCACUUUGUGUUAGAAUUAAAGCUAUGAAGCGCCGAGCUCGACCAGAAGCAGCGUUGCCUGAAGACAACAAAGAAAAUAAUGCAUCGGUUAACCAAGACACUUCAAGAAACAUCUCUGCCACAAAGCGCGAAUCUGACGGAGGCGUUCACUGUGGCUGCAUGACUGACUGCCUUAGUAAACGAUGCAAAUGUCGGCGCAACGGUUCGUCCUGUUCCACCAGCUGCAGAUGCAAUGCCCUCAAGUGCGCCAAUAAGUCCAUACUGCAAGACGACAGCUCCUCUUUACCGCAAUUGAACGCCAUUAACUCGACCUUCGAUAUCAGUCCCAACGUGUCUAAAAAACUAAAGCUAUCUUCCGAGACUGAAGAGGAACUUUAUCAGCAAGUAUGAAACGGCUGAACAUUCUUCGGCACAUAUGACUUCCAUUGUCUUUCUUGAGGGACACUUGUGGGUAUAGGAUGCGAAUAUUUUAUGCUUAGCUUAGCUAUUAGGUUGUUGAAUUGAGGCACGCAACUGCAAUCACCGCGAAAACUGCUGUGCUGGAACCCUCUACUAACCUGUUAUGGGGCUUUAGAUGAUUGCUGUGAGUUACUAGAAUGUUACUUUUUAUAACUUACUACGUGAGAAGCAUUAAAUUUUCAAACAAGUUUUUAGUGGUUGUGAUCUUACAGUUGUACUGGCUUUUAAAGCAACAACCGAGAAUUUUACGUAUACCGUAACUAAGAUUUUUCUUUUUUUCCAAUCUACGAAUUGUACCUGCUAUUUAAUAUUAUCUCUGUCUGCAUUUGAUUAAGAGGCCAUUUACAGAGAAAAUAUAGAACGUUCUAUAUCUAAUCCUUUAAGUAGAAAAAAGUCUGUCGCGAUUAUGCAUAAUUAACUUUGGCGGAAGAAAUAACGUUAUGUAUUGUGAGGGUGUUAAGUUGUUAACAUUCCUGAGGAUCUCUCGCUAGUUAGGCUCUAUCCCAGAUCAUAUGAAGUUUAUGAUUUCAUCUAGUUUUAAUGAGGACCGUGAUUUGCAGUCAUUGCUUUACGAUUGCUUCUUUUAAAAAACUAUGUUUUGUAUGUCGAUAAAAUCGUUUAAAUCUG